UCAUCACUUCCUUCCUCUCUCCUACACUCUCCUCUUCUUUCUCCCUUCCUCCUCAAACUACUGCUUUUCUCUUCGCAUCACUUUUCCAUACAGUCAGUCAACUUCGGCCGCCGGACGCACACCGGCCGGACUUGUAUCCCUCCCCACCUCAAAUCCUACUCUACGGAGUACUCUGAGCCCAUAUUCAAAACCUGUCGAGAUCCUCUUCUCCUCCUCUUCCUCCUCAAUCUUUACAAUCGAACCCCCACCAUGGCGACUCAGAACCACCCCACCCGGACUCUUUCCUAUCGAGAGCGCGCCUCCAUCCCCACCACCGGCCCCCUCGCUUCCUACCUCCUUCAACUUAUCUCUAUCAAGAAGACCAAUCUCUCCCUCUCCGCCGACGUAGAGACCUCUGCAGAACUCAUUGCCCUGGCCGAGGAGGUCGGCGACUCAAUCUGCAUCCUCAAGACCCAUUGCGACAUUGUCACCGACUGGACCGACCGCACCGCAAAGGCAUUGCGAGACAUUGCUAAGCGGAAGUGGUUCGUUAUUUUCGAGGAUCGAAAAUUCGCAGACAUUGGAGGCACCGUCCAGAAACAAUACACAUCAGGCCACUACCGCAUCGCCAAUUGGGCCGAGAUCACCAACGCACACAUCCUACCGGGCCCCGCCAUCGUCACCGCCCUCCACCAAGCUGCCGACCAGACCAUCGCAAAGUACAACACCUCGGUCAACACAGAAAUCUCCGCCGAGCCCCGCCCAAAGACCGGCGACGAUGACGACGAAGAUGAUGAGGACGAGUUCGAUUCCACUGCCAUCGACAGCACCGCCGUCGAGUCCCCCAUGGAGGUGGAGGGUGCAGACGAGCGCAGGCUCAGCAUAAAGGCAAUGGACCGCAAACACAGCGUCGUCAGCAUCAGCACCACCAUCUCCACACGCACCGAAUCCAUCUCUCCCCGCCCCGAGCCAGACUUCCACCCCAACGAUGCGUUCGCAAUCGACACACCCACGCAACUCUCCCGCCUCGGCGAGGUCCCCUUCCUGCGCAGUCUGCUACUGCUGGCGGAGAUGAGCUCCGAGGGACACCUGCUCACUCCCGAGUACUCGCAGCAGUGCGUCGACAUCGCGCGACAGAACCGCGCCUUCGUCAUGGGCUUCAUUGCGCAGCGAAGUCUGAACAAGGAGCCCGAGGACAACUUCCUCACCAUGACUCCCGGGUGCCAGCUGCCCCCGCCGGGUCACGUCGAGGGCGAGAAGCUGGGCGACGGACUGGGCCAGCAGUACAACACGCCGAGGAAGCUAAUCUUCGAGCAAGGCUGCGACAUCAUCAUCGUAGGCCGCGGUAUCAUGAAGGCCAAGGACCGAAAGGCCGAGGCCGAGCGAUACAGGGUCGAGGCCUGGAAGGCUUACGAGGAGAGGAUCGCGGCGAAGAAGGGGUGAUCUGACUUCAAAGUA